AUGCCAGGCCAUUUACAAGCCAUAUGUUUGCCAAAAGAUGUAAUAGAACCUAUUCUACUUUUACCAAAUCAACAUGUGACUGAAUUGUUAAUACGAGAAGCUCACGUCCGUUGUGGGCAUCAAGGAGUGAAUGGCACUCUUGCUAGCGUCCGCAGGCAAAUAGUACGCAAAUGCUUGAAACAUUGCCUCACAUGCAAGAAGUGGAACGGCAAGCCAUACUUCUACCCAACAUCUCCACCAUUGCCUACAGCUAGAACUCAACCAACCAAACCGUUCUCACACAUUGGAAUCGACUUAGCCGGACCAUUCACAAUCAUUGAUUCAGACCACAACAAAAUCAAAAAAUGGAUAUUUCUAUCUACUGGCAUGACUACGAGGGCAAUACAUCUCGAAGUGACUAAAGAUCUAAGUGCAUUACAAAUAAUCAAUGUCCUCAGAAGAAUAAUUUCUAGAAGAGGCAAACCGCAACUCAUCACAUCAGACAACGCCACUAAUUUUAAGCAGCGUGGUGAGCCGGCGGAAGGAAAGCUCAACGAGACAUCCGGCUGCCUAAACCGACGAUUCCCGUCUCGAGGCGUUAUUGAUUAUCAGUGGGGUUUGCAGAACAUCUCGUGGAUCCGGUCG